AUCUCAGGCCCUUCUCUUUCUGAGUAGAGGGGGAAGUAAGGGUGUUUCUGUAUUUAUGGAUUUACACAGCAUCUCUUGGGGGCAUUUGAUACUUUUCCACCCCCUUUUAAUAUUCAGGCUCAAAAAUUUCAUUUCAAUAUACUUUCUUCUUUAAUAAUAGUUCUUUCUCCCUUCGCAAUGACUUGUUUUGGUCAGGUCGAUAUACAUGUAUGCAUAUAUGCUAUAUGCAUGUGAAUGUAUUAUGUAUGUAUGCAUAUAUAUGUAUGUAUAUUUAAUGUUUUGCUCAGUCUCACCUGGAAACACAAACACAAAAGGGAGCUGAGCUGAGAUUCUUCAUUUUCCCACCAUCUUCUCUAAUUUGAGAUGGGGGGGAUGGGUAAACAAUCAGAUGCCAAAGAUGCCCUAGCCUACCCAGAAAGCUUUUAAUUUUGUUCCUAGGUCUUUAACGCCAGAAGAAGCAAAACAACCAAUCAGUAAAGUGUUUAGCGAAGUCACAUGCCCCCAUCAACCAAUCAGCAAAAAAAAGGGGUUCAAGCCCUAGACUUCCAGAAAUGACGUCAAGAUCAUUUGCAUCCCGCUGCCUCAACCUGUCUAGUACUGCUGGGACCCUGUCUUCUCCAAGGCCCCUUGGCCGAGAGGGUUGGGUGAGUGUGUAUGGGAGAGGGAAAAUGAACUUCAGGAUUCUUGAAUGGGGUAGGGCAGCUCAGGCUCUCCAGCCUUCUAAGCUCAGCCUGGGCCCCUCCCCAUCCAACCUCCACUGAAGCCCUCAUUGAACUUCCUCUUCCUGCGAAAGAGGGGCGCUGCCCUGUGACCUACACAGACUGCAACACGAUUGCCAUAAUGGAGACCACUGGAAAGGCACUGGAGCCGAGGCCCACAGGGCACACUGGAGGCCGGAGAGGAGACUCUGGGCGGGGGCUGAAUCACAGCCUCCCGACAGUCCCCAAUGCCCAGACAUUGGAGUCGAGCUGGGAGCCACCCAUUUUUUGCAAGGGAGGAUUGUCAGUCUGGUGGGGUGUGCAAUGGUGAGCACCCCAGCUUCUGCCAGCCAUCCCCCACCCCACCCCCCAGCAGCAGCACCACCACCACACACACAAAAAAUUGGAUACAUUUUGAAUAAAGCGAUUCGGUUCCUUAUCCGGGGACUGGGUUGCUCGGUGUGAUUGGCCGGCGGAGUCACAUGGUGAAAGUAACUUUACAGGGUCGCUAGCUAGUAGGAGGGCUUUAUGGAGCAGAAAAACGACAAAGCGAGAAAAAUUAUUUUCCACUCCAGAAAUUAAUGAUCAUGAGCUCGUAUUUGAUGGACUCUAACUACAUCGAUCCGAAAUUUCCUCCAUGCGAAGAAUAUUCGCAAAAUAGCUACAUCCCUGAACACAGUCCGGAAUAUUACGGCCGGACCAGGGAAUCGGGAUUCCAGCAUCACCACCAGGAGCUGUACCCACCACCGCCUCCGCGCCCUAGCUACCCUGAGCGUCAGUAUAGCUGCACCAGUCUCCAGGGGCCCGGCAAUUCGCGAGCCCACGGGCCGGCCCAGGCGGGCCACCACCACCCUGAGAAAUCGCAGCCGCUCUGCGAGCCGGCGCCUCUCUCAGGCGCCUCUGCCUCCCCGUCCCCAGCCCCGCCAGCCUGCAGCCAGCCAGCCCCUGACCAUCCCUCCAGCGCCGCCAGCAAGCAGCCCAUAGUCUACCCUUGGAUGAAAAAAAUUCACGUUAGCACGGGUAGGCAACUUUGCUUUUUGCCCCCUCCCUUCCCCGGCGCUCCCCACCCUCCCUGGCCCCCUCUGGCCCCGUCCUCCUUUCUCUCCUUCCCCCUCUCUCUCCAGGAGCGACUCUGGGUUAGCACAAUUGAACUGGAUUUACGAGCGAGAAUGGUGAACCCCAAUUAUAACGGAGGGGAGCCCAAGCGCUCGAGGACAGCCUACACCCGGCAGCAGGUCCUGGAAUUAGAGAAAGAGUUUCAUUACAACCGCUACCUGACCCGAAGGAGAAGGAUCGAGAUCGCCCACUCGCUGUGCCUCUCUGAGAGGCAGAUCAAAAUCUGGUUCCAAAACCGUCGCAUGAAAUGGAAGAAGGACCACCGACUCCCCAACACCAAAGUGAGGUCAGCGCCCCCGGCCGGCGCUGCGCCCAGCACCCUCUCGGCAGCCACCCCCGGCACUUCUGAAGACCACUCCCAGAGCGCCACGCCGCCGGAGCAGCAACGAGCAGAGGACAUCACCAGGUUAUAAGACAUAACUUAAACCCCUGCCCCCACCCUGUGCUCCGUGCCCCCUCACACACAAAUUGACUCUUAUUUAUAGAAUUUAAUAUAUAUAUAUUUUUGGUUGUUUUUUUCUCUCUUCCUCCUGCCUCCUCCCUUGUCAGUUCCAAACAGACAAAACAGAUAAACAAACAAGCCCCUUGCCCCUUUCCCUUCGCUGUUAAGGACCCCUUUAAGCAUGUGGUGUUGUCUUAGCAUGGUACCUGCUGGGUUUUAUUUUUUGUUGUUUUGUUUUGCUUUGCUUUGCUUUUUAAGGCCAUUGGGGGGGUAUUUAUUUUUUAAGAAAAAAAGCUGCAAAAAUUAUAUAUUGCAAGGUGUGAUGGUCUGGUUUGGGUGAAUUUCAGGGGAAAUGAGGAAAAGAAAAAGGAAAGGGAGAUUUGUAAGUGGAUUCUCAUCCUCUCUCCUCCUUCUUUCUCCCCCUCUUUCCUUAGGCCUUUUGCAUUGAAAAUGCACCAGGGGAGGUUAGUGAGGGGGGAAGUCAUUUUAAGGAGAACAAAGCUAUGAAGUUCUUUUGUA